AUCGAUGUCCAUGCAUGUAUAGUGUCACAUAGAGUAGAGAGAAUAUAAUACAAUCAAAUAAUGGAAAAGCUAAAUUUUGUGAAGAAGAACGGGGUAAGUAGAAUGCCUCCUGGAUUCAGAUUCCAGCCAACGGAUGAAGAGCUUGUGUUUCAGUAUUUGAAAUGUAAGGUCUUCUCAUUCCCCUUGCCCGCUUCCAUGAUUCCUGACAUCAAUCUCUCCAACUAUGAUCCUUGGGAUUUGCCAGGAAAUUGUGAUGAACAUCAAGAGAUGUAUUUCUUCAGCAGCAAGGAACCCAAGUAUAGAAAUGGAAGCCGCAUGAACCGAACAACCACCACUGGCUAUUGGAAGGCAACAGGAUCCGACAAAAGAAUCAUUUCAUCUUCUAAUAAUAGUGACGAUAAUAGCAUUCUUGGCAUUAGAAAAACCCUAGUGUUUUACCAAGGGAAAUCUCCCAAUGGCACUAGAACUCACUGGGUCUUGCAUGAAUAUCGCCUGGCUAGUACUACUCUACAUGCUAAUAACAAUGCUUGCGAUAUAGGAGAUUGGGUUCUGUGCCGCUUAUCGGUGAAGAAAAGGAGUGUUGGGAGUGGUAGCAUCAUCAUAAGCAAGAAAGCACGUUCUUCAGCAUCUUCAUCCUCAUCUUCUUCCACUUCAAGUAAUAACGUCAUGGAAGUAUCUUCUUCAUAUGCUUCUUAAUAUCAACGCAACAAACAAUGCACUUCCUCCUGAUGGUCUUGCUGACUAUUGAUUAAAACCACCAUACAUAUUCUCACUCAGACCCCGUCGAUUCUGCAACUAAAUGGAUUCAUACCCUUUAAAAUUAACAAGGGAAAUACUCAAGAGCUAUUAAAAUUUAUUGUUUUUGGUCAUUACUUUUAGCCAUUAAUUCAAUUUUUUUAAGCUAAUAAUUCAAUGACAUAUUUUUA